CAGCCCAUCAGUGAGGUCAUGAUUCACGAGCAGCUGGGCGAUAGCAAACGGAACUUGUUGCUCGUGUGCAGCAGCUGGGCAGAUGAGACGCCGGGAAGCCGGGCACACGUUGCACACCGGCGCGUGGUGGACGGGCGGCGCGGUGCGUCCCCAAAGUCUCCGAGCCCUGUGUGCCAAGGCUAUAAGAGAGCAGAGGGCCCUCGUUUCGCCGGGGAAACAGGAGCAAGCUGCUGUGUGCUGUGUAGGAGGAGGGAGCUAGUCAGCUAGCGGCCUAGCGUACCGAUCGAUCGAGGCGUCGGAGGGGAUCGAUAGCGAUGGCAGCCGGGGAGGCGCCGCCGCCGCUGUCGUCGGCGAGGGCGGAGUACGUGCUGCGGGGCGCGUGCGCGGCGAUGGCGGCGGCGGGGGCGCUGCUGCUGGGGCUCAGCGCGCAGACCAAGACCGUGCUCUUCGUGCAGAAGAAGGCCGUCCCCAAGGACGUCCAGGCGCUCUGGGUGCUGAUCGUGGCCGCGUCGGCCGCGGCGGGGUACCACGUCGUCCAGCUCGCCCGGUGCCUCUACAUGGCCCGCCUCUCCACGGCCGGCGCCGGCGGCGGCUCCCGGCGUCUCAGCCGAGAGAUCGCGUGCGUCUCCUUCCUCCUCGACAAGGGGUGCGCGUACAUGGUGUUCGCGACGACGGUGGCGGCGCUGCAGGCGUGCUUCGUGGGGCUCAUCGGCGUGGAGGCCCUGCAGUGGAGCAAGCUCUGCAACAUCUACACCCGCUUCUGCGAGCAGGCCGCCGCGGGGAUGGUCUGCAGCAUGCUCGCCGCCGGGGGUAUGGCCAUCCUCGCGGCCUUCUCCGCGCGCGAACUCUUCCGCCGCCCCGACGCCUCCUCGGCCGCAGGCGCUCUGGGGUGGAACGGAUCGCAGGGAAGCUCGAGCGAGCUCUGAUGUGUUGCAGUCCUGCAGAGGCACAUUUGGCAUGGGGUAAAAAAAAAGGAGCUUGAGAGCUAGAGUAUGCUACGACACAUUUUGGCUCUUUUUGUUGUCAAGGCUAAGAUUAGGAUUGCUUGACCAGGGUAUGACGUUUCGACUUGGUACGUCUAAGUUUAUACCAUAAAUGAAGAAGAUGUAAGUUUUUACGGAACAUCUAUUAUUAUCUUAAUAUAACAGAGUUAAAA